UAUAUUUUUUAAAAUAUAUAUUUUUAUUAUUAUCAAAACAUAUUAGCUACUGUAAAUAUUUAUACUAUAUUUUAAUUCAGAAUAUCAAAUAUAAAAUUAUAAAAAAUAAAACAAUAAAUGAAUCUCACUUGACUAGUUUGUAUUAUCUUAAAAAUUAAAUAAUAUCAUUUCAAUAUUAUUUAUGUAUAUCUUUUCUAUAAAAAAAAAAAAAAGACGUAUAAAGUUAAACAAAAAGUUUUAUCAUAAGAUUUGUAUAAACAAAAUUAAAAAAGAAAUCGUGAAAGUAAAAAUUUUAUUUAUAUAAAAAAAAAAACGGGGUAUCAAUUCUGAAAAGAAUUAGGAACCAAAUCUACUUAUGAAUUGGAUUUCCUGAUAUCUAAAUCCAACCUUAAAUUUUACUAUAUAUACACGCCCUAAGAUAAAACUAUCUAACCAACUUUUCAUUCAUUAAAACAAAACUGCUCUAACAUUCUCUUUGUGAAGAAAAUAUGGAAUCCAGCAAAACUAUUAUCACCCUUAAGACGUCGGACGAGGAGCUUUUCGAGGUGGAAAAAUCGGUGGCAAUGGAGAUGGUGACUGUGAAGAAUUUUUUUGACGAGGAUGAUGACGAUUCCUCCUCGAUGUCCAAAUUGACCAUAAUACCUGUUCCUGCGGUGUCUUCUGAGUCGCUCUCCAUGAUCAUCACCUACAUUGACAAACAUCUUCAACUGAAAGCCAUAGGUGCUGAUGAGGGAGCUAAAAAGGCCUAUGAUGCUAGAUUUAUGGAGCAGGCGAGCAAGCAUGGGCUACUACUGGAGUUAAUUUUGGCUGCUAAUUAUCUUGACGUCCAGUAUUUGCUGGACAAGCUGAAUGACGCAGUGGCUAAGCUUAUCGAGAACAAGAGUGUGGAGUUUGUACGUGAUUUCUUUGGGAUUCAGAAUGAUUUUACUUCCGAAGAAGAGGCAAAAAUACGCCAAGACCACAUCUGGGCUUUUAAGGAUGUCGAUAAAGACUAAACUAAUUUAAGUCUUACUAAUCUUCUUUUUUUUUUUCUUUAAAGUCUUGAUUCGUGUUUGUUAUGGAUUAGGUCAAAAGGAAGUUGACUUUGAUGAGAAUAAGAGUAGUACUACUACGUACUUUAUAUCUGAUUAAAGUUCUUUCCUAUUUAUUUCUUUUUCUUUUUACGAGUUACCCGAGCGUACUAAGAGAGGCAUCAAAACUAGCAUUCAGAGGUUUUUCCUAAUUCUUAAAUAUUAUUAUUUGAUUAUAAAACAUGUUAAUUAUUCUGCUAA